CGUAUAAAAAUGUCAUUAAAUCCAGCGGCAAAUAUUUACUUGAGAUUCAAGACGGCUACCUGUAAAUACUUUUAUAGUUUAUCUUCAGCAAGAUUUACGAGCAACUAAGUGGUUCGCCGAAGAAUUUCGCUUUUGAAGUUUCGAAGGCAUCCUCUCUUGGCUGUAAUCAACCUAACUUAAAUCAUAGCAAGUGCACGUGCCAUCUGAACUUGUGCAGGCAUUAAUUACCCGUUCUUAACCCAUUCCACGCUAACACAAAAUGCAUACAUACAUACCUUACCUACUUACGUGCAACAUAACUCAUUUUUGUUCUGCUUUUAUUGGCACUUUCAGAAAACCUCAAGCAAAUGUGAGUCCCAUAAGGCAACCACAAUAUCAACAUCUACAGCCUCACAGUCAGCUGCAGCAGCAGCAGCAACAACAACGUCAGCGCUCAAAUACAGUGUCGAAAAUACCGACCUUAAUUGCGAACCACAGCAAUGCCAUUAUCAGCCACAACAGCAGUUGUAUUAUGCCCAACAGCAGCAGCAACAACAACAACAAUGCGCACAAUACCAGCAGUGCCAACAACAACAGCCAUCACCAUCAUCAUCAUCACAGCCACAGCCACAACAACAGCAACAACCACAGCCACAGCCACAGCAACAGCAGCAGUCACAGUCACAGCAGCAAUCAUACGAACAACAACAGCAGCGAAUUAAAUUUGCACGACAUCAGCACCAGCAACAACACCAAUCAAUAUCAUCCUCAGCCACAUAUACCCAUCUACCACCAACAACUGGCCAUUAAUCCCGCCAUACUUGCGGCCCAAAGUGGCAUGCAUCAGGGACAGCAUAACAAAAUGAAUUUGUGCGGCUACGAUUCUUUUUUACACGCGACAAUUUGCGGUGGCGGCACAACUCACUCGCCACCACCUUCAACAGCAGUGGCGGCGAAUGCAACUACACUUGUGCCACAAAUUGUCAACUACAAUAAUCAACAGCCCACACAACAACUACAACAACAACUAAUCGCAACGGUACAACCCAUAAUGACAGCAGUUCCUAGCAGCAACGUCACACCUGCAAAGGUCUUCCUCAACUCCACGACACAUCAGAUUAAGACUAGCAAAAUUUUGCGCAGCGGUUCUUACUCCCAACAGCAGGCGCAACAAAGCGUCACGGCGCACAACUCACCACAAUACCAUGGCUAUCAGCGGCUCUCCUCUGCGAGCGCGCAUUAUGGCCACCAUCACCACCAUAGCCAACAGCAGCUACACCAGCAGUGCGCCAACAAGCUGGCCGCUUUGAAUAUCACCACCAGCGCAGGCGCACAAUUGGAGCGCUCGCCAACCGGUGACCACAUCGAAAGGUGGCUGAAGAAUAGUGGCGGCAAGCAUCAGCAGCGCAAGGAACCCAACGUGGUGAAGAACGCGGAUAACUCUUUGUAUGCCAAAUUGAGUGAAAAACUGCAAGAUAGCAUAUUGAAUAAGCAACAACCACAACCACAACAGCAGCAACAACACCACAGUCAACGUGAAAAUGCGCAACGUCGCAAACAUAAGUCGGCGCAUAAGACGCGCGUGCUGCCUGCCGCGCUCGUGGGAAAUGUGGCAACAGCACAGAAGACUGCCGUCGGCAUACACUCAAGCAGCUCUAAUGGUAGCAUAGGCAAUUAUGCUGCGCUCAUACCGAUAAACGGUGAUCCGACCGAAUGCGAGAAUCUCAUUGCGCCGACCACAACAGACGAUGAGGCGUUAAGUGAAGCGCCAGCUGCGGUAGCGAAGUUAUUCGCAGCGUGCAACGCAGACGCUACGCAGGUGAAGGAAAAAGCAACGGCGAAUUCGAGUACAGUCACAACAGGUGGUGCUGACGAAACGAGUAAAGAAAGCGAGCGCAAUGUGGCUACUGCCAAACUGGUGGAUUUGAGUGAUGACUCCGAGUUGGUAGCCGUUGGGGCUGACGCGCAAGCGGUGUCACUACGUGUAAGUGAUGCAGCUGAGGUAGAUGAGGUGGAAGGCGAAUUGGAGGAAGAGGAGCAAGAGGGCGCUGUGAUGGAAGCAACCGGUGGCGGUAGUGGGAGCAGCGGCGGUGCUUCAUCGUUAAUACACCGAUAUGUGCAUGAACACAUACACCAUCACUAUCAUCAUUUUGAGGAAAAAGACGAAUAGAAAAACAAAAUAGUGCUAAAGGAGAUACAUAGCAUAUAGUAGGUAUGGAUAUGAAUACUAGUAUGAGAUUAUGUUAAUUGAGUGAACCGGUGGUACGAAUAGUUUAAAGAAUAGGAGUAGUUAUAAUAAGAAGAAGCAGUGUUUAAGUGUUGUUUAGCUGUAGUACAAGUAGUCAUUAAGUUUUCUUUAGCCAAU